AUUUAUUGCGCGCUUGUACCUGAAUUUUGUUUCGGUUCCAAGAACUGUUUCUAUCUCUUCCGCUAGAAAUAUUUAUUUUUGUCUUUAAUUACGCAUUGUUUUAUCUUUUUAUUUCAAAAACGUUUACAAGUGUUGCGGAUCAGUGUUAAUGAUGCUCUAUUGCAAUGUCUUUUAAAAAAUCUAUUGUGAAACCCAUAAAAAACUUUGAUGACACUUCAGAUGAUUCAGAUACAGGUAAUGUAGAAUCGUUACCAUUAGCUUACGAAGUUCCGAGUGUAGCCCUUGAAAGUGAUGCAGCUGAUGAAAAUUACAAGAAAGCUGCAGAGACAAUUAUUACUCACACUAAAGAAUCGACUAAAGGAAAGGAAAUAUCUGCACCUUAUGAAGUCCCAAGUUUCCCAAUAGAAAAAGUAGAAUCUCAAAAAGUAAUACAGCGUCAGUUAUCUUCAAGGGCUCAAGAAGAAUUGAUUGAGAAGAAAAGUUCAAUUCACAGAGCGGUAGAUGAAACUGACCAGCCUGUUCCUCUUUAUGAUAAAGUUUUUGUAUCCCACUUCCAACGUGUAACCGUUAGUGGAGAGCACUGUUCUGGAGUGCCUUUGGAAGAUCUACAGCAGGCCUCUACUUUGAUUCAACAGGCUUUGAAACUUCGUCAGAAGUACAUGAGUGUUUCUCAACAAUCCUUUCCUGCCAUUACUGCAAGGUUUUUGAAACCACGCGAUGAGCAUUGGCAAGGGCAAUCUAAAAGCAGACUCACAGUAGAUAAUAAAGGUACUACAAGCCUAGAAAGGAGGGUUCCUGUUUUCAAAGAAUCAGUUUCAGUAGAACGUCCAUCUGUGAGAGACCCCUGGAUGUCCAGUUUUUCUUCAGAAGAUAAGGAUUAUUCAUUAAAAGUUUGCAAUGGAGUGUAUCAGGUCUACAGUGGAUCUGAGGGGGAAAAACUUGAUUUUCCCUAUCCACUUUUUCAAGAAUUUAUUGCUGAUUUGCAGUUAAUGUGCUGUAUGAUAGCUGACGGACCUCUGAAAUCCUUCUGUUAUAGGAGAUUGCAAUAUUUAUCUUCUAAAUACCAACUUCAUGUUUUGUUGAAUGAGCUUCGUGAACUUGCCUCUCAGAAAGCAGUGCCCCAUAGGGACUUUUAUAACACUCGGAAGGUAGAUACUCAUGUCCAUGCGGCUUCUUGUAUGAACCAAAAACAUUUACUUCGUUUUAUUAAAAAAUCAGUCAAAGUGCACGGAGAUGAUAUUGUUAAACUCAGUGAAGGAAAACCUCUGACCUUAAAGCAGGUUUUUACUGACUUAAAUAUAUCUACAUAUGACUUAAGUGUAGAUAUGCUGGAUGUUCAUGCAGAUCGAAAUACUUUCCAUCGAUUUGAUAAGUUCAAUGCUAAAUACAAUCCUGUUGGAGAAAGCUCUUUGCGUGAAAUCUACUUAAAAACUGAUAAUCAUAUUGGAGGAAAAUAUUUUGCUUCCAUAUUAAAAGAAGUAAUGAGCGAUUUAGAAGAAAGUAAAUACCAAAAUGCUGAGUUACGCCUCUCCAUUUAUGGCCGCAGGCCUGAAGAGUGGGAUCGCUUAGCAAAGUGGGCUGUUGUACACAAUGUUUAUUCUGACAACGUUCGAUGGCUAAUACAGAUGCCUCGAAUAUAUGAUGUGUUUCGAUCCAACAAUUUAGUUCAGAACUUUGAACAGAUAAUUGAAAAUUUUUUUGCUCCUCUUUUCGAAGUUACUGCAAAACCAUCCACACAUCCUGAACUGCAUUUGUUUUUACAAUAUGUCACUGGGUUUGAUUCUGUUGAUGAUGAAUCUAAACCAGAAAAUUUAGUGAUUAACAAAAAUAUUCCUCCACCUGCAAAGUGGAGGGACUUGGAAAAUCCUCCUUACUCUUAUUAUCUGUAUUACAUGUAUGCAAAUAUUUGUGUUCUCAAUCACUUCAGGAAAUUGAGAGGCUUCAACACUUUUAACCUUAGACCACAUUGUGGAGAAGCUGGGCCCAUUCAGCAUUUAGUCUCGGGAUUUUUGUUGAGUGAAAAUAUAUCUCACGGGUUGCUUUUAAGAAAGGUUCCUGUUCUACAGUAUUUGUAUUAUCUUGCGCAAAUCGGUAUUGCCAUGUCACCUCUCAGUAACAACUCACUUUUUCUAAACUAUCACAGAAAUCCUCUCCCAGAGUAUCUUGCAAGGGGACUGUGUGUCUCUUUAUCAACAGAUGAUCCCAUGCAAUUUCACUACACAAAGGAACCUCUUAUUGAAGAAUACAGCAUAGCAGCGCAGGUAUUGAAGUUAAGCAGUUGUGACAUGUGUGAAAUCACGCGCAACAGUGUUAUCAUGAGUGGUUUCCCUGAUGAGUGGAAGCGCUAUUGGUUAGGUCCAAACUACAUGAAGGAGGGUGUUGCUGGAAAUGACAUUGGAAGAUCAAAUAUCCCAGACAUCAGAGUGUCUUAUCGGUAUGAGACUCUAGUGGAAGAAUUGUCUACCAUCUCAUAUUCUACCUUACUGAUGUGAAAAAGAGCUUAUAAAUAUUUUUAGUUCAUUGCUUUAUAUUGGACUGUUAUUUGGAUUAUAAUUAAAAUAUAUAAUUUGAAAGAGA